AUGACAGCAGAAAAGCUCGUCUCUGUCGCAGAGAUACAAAGACACAACACGCCAUCCGACUGCUGGCUUGUAGUCGACGGUCAGGUCUGGGAUUUUACUGAGUUCCACCAAGAACACCCCGGCGGUUCGGCCAUAAUCCUGAAAUACGCCGGCCGUGAUGCCACAAAAGCAUACAAUGAGGUGCACUCACCAUCCACAAUACGCAAAAACUUACACCGCUCCAAACUUCAAGGCAUCCUCGACAAAUCAACCAUCAACGACGAAUGGCUUAAGGAACCGCCCACUGAGAACGCGCGCGUCAUGUUCGACAACGAAAAGCCGCCAUUAGACACCCUCAUUAACGCGCACGACUUUGAGAUCGUAGCCUCCAAAACCGCGAGUAAAAAGACCUGGGCAUUCUAUUCUAGUGCUGCCACGGAUUUGCUUACGCGAGACGCGAAUAAGUCAUAUUUUGAUCGGAUAUGGUUCCGUCCGAGGGUUAUGAGAAAUGUGCGUCAUGUGGAUACGCGGACGAGUGUGAUGGGUGUUAAUUGUAGUUUGCCGUUGUUUGUGAGUCCGGCGGCGAUGGCGAAAUUGAUUCACCCAGAGGGUGAGCGUGCUAUUGCCCAGGCUGCUUGCGAGAAGGGGAUCUUACAAGGAGUAUCGAACAACUCCUCUUUCUCCAUCGAAGAACUAGCCCAAACUGCCCCAAAUGGCAACUUCUUCUUCCAACUCUACGUCAGCCCAGACCGCGAAAAGUCCGCCGCUCUCAUACGACAGGUCUCUUCACUCCCGCAAUUCAAAGCCAUUCACAUCACCGUCGACGCCGCCUGGCCCGGUAAACGCGAAGCCGACGAACGCGUAAAAGCCGAUGAAAGCACAUCAGUACCCAUGUCCGACGCCAAGGCCAAAAACGACAAAAAGGGCGGCGGCUUUGGUCGGUUGAUGGCGAGCCAUAUUGAUCCAGCCCUAACAUGGGAGGAUAUCGCGUUUGUGAAGAAACAUACGCAUUUACCCGUCUGCCUUAAGGGAAUCAUGUCAGCCGACGACGCGAUUUUGGCGAUGAAAGCGGGCGUUGAUGGGAUUCUGUUGAGUAAUCAUGGCGGCAGGAAUUUGGAUACUAGUCCGCCAUCUAUCGUCACCUUGUUGGAGCUGCAGAGACGGGCACCGGAGGUCUUUGAUUGUAUGGAGGUUUAUGUUGAUAGUGGGAUUAGACGAGGGACAGAUAUACUCAAGGCUGUGGCUUUGGGAGCGACGGCUGUGGGGAUGGGGCGUAGUAUGCUGUUUGCGACUAAUUAUGGUCAGGAGGGUGUCGAGCACUUGAUUGACAUCAUGCGUGAUGAGUUGGAAACGGCAAUGAGGAAUAACGGAAUUACUUCGUUGGAGGAAGCAAGUCCUGAACUGGUGCAUACAGGAGAUGUGGACCAUCUCGUUCCUACAGGGCGCCUGCAUCCAUAUGCAAGGAAAGUGGCCAAGUCGCGGCAAAGGGUUGCGGCGAAGCUGUAA